ACCACCAUCUCCUUAGUCUUUUUCACGUUGAUGCAGAGGUUGUUUUCACUGCACCACUGCACCAGGUGUUCCACCUCCUCUCUGUAAUUGGACUCAUCGCUGUUAGUGAUGCGUCCCACUACUGCUGUAUCGUCCGCAAACUUAACUAUAUAUGAAAUAUCUUGUGUUCAGUGUAUUUUCAGGUCAUAUAGGUGUCAAUACGGUAUGCAGCAGGUAAGAUGACACCUACCAUGACUAGCAUCUCUGUGUCCUCCUCCACAGCUGCCCUCCCCCAAACCAGUAAAGUUUAUAUGAUAAUAUGGUGCUGUCUUGUUCCAAUCUGUUUGCUGUAUGCAUUUUUUCUUUUUGUAUUGUUUUGUGUUUUUCAGGUCCUACAGGUGUUAAAAUGGUAACUAUGACACUGUGUUCAAGUCAUGUAGGUGCACCUAUCUGUCAUCGGGUUCGUCAUUAACAUUGACACCUUGAUGCUGAUGAUACCUGAGCUGCUCCAAGUCCAGCGGUAUGUCUGCACCUACCGGUUUAGCCAAGAUCACUUGGAGCUUCUGUUUAAUUCAAUCAGAGCAUCAAGGGGCUGGAACAACAAUCCAUCUGCCAGCCAGCUCCAGGGCAUCUUCCGGCGUCUGAUGGUCCGGUGCGGUGUCUCACCAAGUGGGCGAGGCAACGUGGCAGCACAGGAUGGCACAGUGUCCCUGUCUGCUGUGGAGAUGUCCUCGGCUGAAACUGCUGAAGAGCUAGAUCCCCCAUUUGCCAACAUUGCAGCCAUCAUGUGUGACCACAGCUACCUUCCCACGCGCUUUGGUGGUCUUGUGGACAAUGCUUUGGUGUACAUUGCAGGAUUUGUUGUUCGGCAGGUUCUGAGAAGGCUCUCUUGUGAUGUGCGCCGUGCCAGCCUGGUAAAAGACGCUAUACCCACAUCCUUUGAUGAGAGCUACCACCUUCUUGUGCUGAAAAACAAUGGUGGGCUGAUGAUUCCAUCGGAUGGCACGGUGAAGGUGGUGAAGGCAGCAGAGCGGGUGAUUCGCCAGCUCCAGUCAGGGCAAGCUGUCAAGGUGUCAGUGGUGACACAUGUUGUCCGGGAAGAGAUUGGCACAGAGGAUGUGUUUUUGCUCCGGGAACACAUUGAAGAAACACAAUUUGGUAUUGACGACCACCAUUCAAGCCUACUGAGACUAGUAGUGUCUGUGUUUCUCAAAGUUAGGCUGCAUCACAUUGCUAAAAUGGCUUCACUCGAGUACCAGAGUGGGAGCACAAGAAAGAAACUAUGCAAAACCAUUCUCUUUCAGGGGUUUUAGCUCCCUUUGUAAUUACUGUACAUAGAAUAGAAUCGAAUAGAAUAGAAUAGACUUUAUUAAUCCCCCAGAGGGGAAAUUCAAGUUGUCACACACCAAAUACAGACAGGACACACAAUAACAGGAACACUGUGGCAUGAUAAAUAAAUAACAAUAUGGUCGCAGACCAG